AGUUUACAUGUGCUAACAUGCACAGUGUUUUCUUUGUGCUCUGCUAAGACAAGAGGAAUUGUCAAAUACAAAACUGGAGAUAUGGCUCAGCUGCAGGUCCCACAACAAUGUCACUGAUUCUGACAUUGUUUCACACAAGCACCACACACAAAAGGAGUAAUGAGUACUAAAUAAUAACUAAACUCUCUCCAUGGCAACUGUGCAACUUCAUUGACUGAAGAAGGCCAUGCGAUGUAAUUGAAAACUCCGAAACAGCAACUAAAAUGGACCUAGUGUUGAGAUUUUUUGCCAAAAAUAGUGACGGCCUUCUAAAAUUGAGUACCACAAAAUACUGCAGUCCCAAUUUUUAAGUAAAAGCCAAGAAGGAUUAUCAUGAAUAAAAUAUCAAAAGUAGAAGUAGGCUAAUCUAAAAUGGCCUGCUUCAAAGUAUUAUUGUAUGUCAUUGUAUAAAUAUAUUAUGUAUGCAGCAUUUUAUCUUAUCUUGUAAUGCAUCAUAUUUUAUAAAAUUGUAAAUGUGUUUUGCAAGUAAAAUAUGAAUCUGCAUAAUAGAUCACUACAGCUGCAUAAUAAGUGUAGUGGAGUAAAAAGAACAUUUAGGAUGUCACUGGUAAGCACAAGAGUGAAGUAGCAUAAAUGAAAAUACUCUAUAUAAGUACAAGUACCUAGAAAGUAUACUUAAGUAUGCCACUUGAGUACUGAAGGCUGCAGUUGGUAAAGUGAGUAAACGCCUUCUGGUCCCAGUGAGAUAUAAACAGCCAGCAGGGGGCGUGUCGCCUACAUUCUGUACACUCAGUUCGCUGAUCCGCCGGGCGGGAUUUCCGCAAUAAUAUCAAGUAUGGCGAAGACAUACGACUAUUUGUUUAAAUUACUGUUAAUCGGCGACUCUGGUGUCGGGAAGACUUGUGUCCUCUUCAGGUUUUCAGAAGACGCCUUCAACUCGACGUUUACCGCAACUCUUGGCGUUGAUUUCAAGAUUAGGACAAUAGAGCUUGACGGCAAGAAGAUAAAGCUACAGAUAUGGGAUACGGCCGGUCAGGAGCGCUUCCAAACAAUCACAACAGCCUACUACAGAGGAGCAACGGGCAUCAUGCUUGUCUACGACAUCGCCAACGAGGAUUCUUUUGAGAAUAUCAAGAACUGGAUUAGGAACAUAGAGGAGCAUGCAUCAUCAGAUGUUGAGAAGAUGGUCCUCGGCAACAAGUGUGAAAUCAACGACAAGCGGCAGGUGUCCAAAGACAGGGGCGAGAAGCUCGCAUUGGAGUAUGGAAUAAAGUUCAUGGAGAUCAGUGCAAAGGCCAACAUCAACGUGGAAAAUGCAUUUUUGACACUUGCCAGAGACAUCAAAUCAAAAAUGGACACAAAAUUGGAGGGCAACACGGCUCAGGGCAGCAGUCAUGGAGUCGAGAUCUCAGAGCCUCAGAAAAAGACCAGCUUGUUCCGCUGUAGCCUUCUCUGAGGACCGA